GCAGUGGAGGGUGUGGCUGUCAAGUUUCACUUUCCUCGGAGAUCUAACGUCGUCUGCCCAACGAUCAGUUCAGUCACCGUUGUGUGCUCGUUGUGGGAAGUAGUCUAUGCCCAAUUUCUUUUAUUCAGUUUUUACACGUGUGUUCGGUUUUUUGCUCAAUCACGUUCGAUAACGUGAUAUUAUUUUUUGUUUUUUCGUUUUUGUUUUAUAUAUUGGUUGAAGUUGAUUUAUUUUGGAUUUUUAGUGGUGUGCAUACAGAAAUUAUUAUCUGUAAGAAUUGAAGUGUAAUGGAUGUGUGUCUUCAGAGAUGCACAAAUGGCUGCAAUUGCCGGCUACUCCGACAGACGACCCUCUGGCCACUGUUUAUCCCAUCAACCAUUACAAGAAAUCUCAUGUUUAUGCUGUUACCAGAAUAAACCCAAUUUAUGUGGACGACGAGCAUCAUGGAACUUGGGACAAAAGUCGUGUCAGUUCCGGUUACGAAAGUCAACCACAAUCGGAUCACAGCUCGAGUCUGGAAAAAUCGUCUCCACCUCCUAUGCAGUACCCAAAGUCAAAUGGGUCACCUCCCUGUUCGUCAAGGUCAUCUUCAGACAAAUCCAGUCAAAAGUUGAUGGCUCCGUGGUUGUCACCUAUAAAAGAAGGAGUCGUCGACAUACACGAGUAUUGCAUACCUCGACCAGUGUGGCCUGGUUACGACGACAUACACAGAUAUCCAGAUCCCGAGCGAAUACCCAGGGCACGAUGCUGCCGACACUGUAUUCGCUGCAAGUACCACGGGACCAGUGGUGGUAGUAGUAAUAACUCUGGAUAUUCGUCGGCUUACAGUGGUUCUAUUAGCACCCGUAGUAGUAGCUUCGAUAGCCGACAUCCGAACAGUGGUAGUGGCGGUGAGGGCACAGGAUCAUUGGUGGACGAGGCAUCUCCUUCUUCUGGAACCGUGUCUGUAAAAUCUAAUACGCCAUCCCCACAGUUGAACAGUCGCUAUUUCCUCGAUGAUGGCAAACCGCAGGUGAACAACUGGAAUUCUAUUAUAGAUCUGAGGCUCAAUCAAAAGACUGAAAAUCUACCAUAUGAUUGCGGAGCAGUAUUGCGCGGACUUCAAUUUACGUUGGAUCCACAACAGGCAGAGAAGUUAAUGCAAAAGAUGAAAGUCGGAAAGAAACAACGCUGUUGGUGUCGAGUUAUAACUGCGUUAUUAGGUUUAAUAAUGUUUUUAGUGUCCGUUGUCACUGUUAGUCUUGCUCUAUCCAGAGGACAAAAGAUGUUUGGCUCUCUUUGAAUGUUUGUGAUCGAUUACAAAACUAUAAUAUCAUAUUUAAAAAUAUUUCAAUGUAUCAUGUGUCAUUCCCUUUUUGUGGACUAUACUAAAUUAAUGCCAGUGCUGUUAAAAAUAGUUCUGGUUUGAUAUCAUAUAAUAUGUAUCUCAUUUUCGUUAUUUUAUAAAAUUAUCUACAAUUUUUGUUUAAAUAUUUAUUUAUAGGAUAUUGUGAAACGUAAUACACAUGAUGUAUUUCUGUUCAUUAUUUUAUAUUAAUGCCUAAUGUAUCUUUCAUAAUUUUAUGAAUAAUGUUUUGUUAAUUUAGUACCUCGGCUAUAUAAUAAAUUAACUUAAUGUAUUGUGUUAUUUUAUAUUAUUAUUGUAAUUAUUUAUAUCCAUAUACUAUUGAUAU